AUGAGCUCGAUGACUGUCAAGGAUCCCUGCUUUGCGGAGUUUGCGCAGAAUGUACUCAGUGACAGCUGGGGCCGUGGUGAUUUCGUCAUCGUGGUUGAGGAAAGGUCAUCUUCCGACAAGACUGCCAAGCUGGCACCAUCCAAGCGAAAGGAGUUCAGAGUUUCAUCCAUCCUGCUCUCCCGGGCAUCCCCUGUAUUUAAGGCAAUGAAUAGCCAAGAGAACUUCGUGGAGGGCGCGGCGUCCCAAGUUACCAUCAGCGACUUCUCGGUACCGGCAGUUGAGGCCUUCUUGAGGUUUUUGCAUUUUGGGGAGAUAUCGGAAGACAUCGCUUUGAUUCUGGAAGUGCGGCUCUUAGCUGACAAGUAUGCCAUCAACACCUUGCAGGAGCUUUGCAAGAAGAUCGCAGGGUCCGUGGAGCUGAAACCCCCGACGACCUGCCGCAUCUUCAAGCUCGCCGACCGCUUUCAUCACCAAGAGCUGAAAAGCCGCGCUUUGCACGCCAUUCUCACGAAGCCAAGACAAGUCUUGAAGGCUCGCCCGCCUCUGGGUAUCCGACUUGUGCAGGAAGUUCUGGAAACCCAGGCCCUUUGCAUUGAUGGCGAAGGUCUUCUUAGCUUGAUCUAUGGGUGGCCCAUGGCCUCAACGCCAGGAGAGGAGUCCGUCCAACGUCUCUUGCUCAAGUAUGCGAGGGGUGAAGUGCAAGGAUAUCUUCGGCAGGCAACCAACGAUGCUUUGUACGCUUUGCGGCAGAAAGGCCCGCACCCCUUUGGCCAUGCGUCUCACGUGACCGUUCUGACUGAGCUUGCUGGGAAGAAGCCUGCCGAUGACCCGUCCCUCUAUGCCAUCGCGCACAACUUCUCUGGCAUGAGGGCCCUCCCGAUCGAAGAUGGCUGGAUCGUCUGGAUGUUGCCCUUUGUCUCCCUGUACCUGAUUGGCUUCUGCUUCACCAGCAACCUCCCAAAGUCUGGUGUGCACUUCAGGAUCUUCUGUUCCGAGGAUGGAGCUGGGUGGCAGCAGUGUUUAGACUCUCGGGCACAUGGCGACAUUUCGGAAGGUCAGGUGGUGGCGUGUCAUCAUCAUCCACGAGUGAAGUGGCUGAAGCUGCAUGUGACCGAGGGCUUCUUUUGCAGCGAGUUCCGCGUCCGAGGCAUUGUGGUCCAGACCGGGCAGUUCCGACAGUCUCCAUCAGGAAAAGCAACAUCCGCCGAGGCCGACGAUUCAGACUCGGACACGGUGGUCAUCGACUGA